AUGGCCACCUGUAACCUGAAGGAUCUUACCCUUAAAACAUUGUUUUUGGUGGGGAUAACUUCGGCCCGCAGGGUUUCCGAGUUACGGGCCCUUUCAGUGGAUAAAGACCUCUGUACCUUUCACAACGACAGGGUGGUGUUGAGACCUGAUCCGACAUUUGUUCCCAAGGUGAAUUCAGUUUUCCACCGGUCUCAGGAGGUGGUGUUACCCGCAUUCUGCCCUAAUCCCAAGCACGAGAGGGAAGCGGAAUGGCACCGACUGGAUUCCAUCUCCAUCAUUUCGGAGGAAACCCUCAAGAAACUAUGCCCCCACCGCCGCCUUCAAACGAGGCCAGCGGACUUCGUACUGAGGGACUUUCAGAAGAACCCAGUACACAUCGUGGGGUGGGCCCGGGUGCAUGUGGAAAGAAGGGGUUUCAGAGGGCCCCUGGACAUCCUAGUGGUCAAGCGCCAACUGACCACACUUCUAGGGUUGGCUUGGUUCAAUCCCCUGGGGAUCCAGCUGGUGGGGGUGGACCACUUGCAGGCAAGCAAUUUCGACGGGGUCUGCCGAGAGUUCCCCGAGGUCUUUGAUGGGUCUUUGGGGAGCUAUAAGGGUCCGCCCAUCACCCUACCGAUUGACCCAAUGGUCAGGCCCAUAAGGCUUAAAGCGAGGCGCGUCCCGUUCGCCCUUAAGCCGAAAAUAGAGGCAGAACUGGACCGCCUAACGGCCCAGGGCGUCCUAGAACCGGUAACAUACGCGGAAUGGGAAACCCCCAUAGUAACGCCCGUCAAACCCAAUGGGGAGGUGAGGAUCUGCGCUGACUACAAGUGCACGAUCAAUAAGGCGCUACAAGACAACCCCUACCCAGUCCCGGUGGUCAGCCACGUCCUAGCAGCGCUAGCCGGGGCGAAGACGAUCGUGACCCACAGGGGCGCGUUCAGGGUUAAACGGCUGCAGUUCGGGGUCAGUGUGGCUCCGGGGAUAUUCCAGAGCAUAAUGGACUCUCUCCUUAAAGGGAUCCCCGGAGUUCAACCCUUCUUUGACGACGUUUUAAUCGCCGCCCCCAAUGAAGGAGAGCGUUUCACCAUCGCCACGGACCACAAGCCGCUCCUGGGCCUCCUAGCUCCAGACCGUCAGACCCCCCAAAUCCUAUCCCAGAGGGUCCUGAGGUGGAACCAGUUCCUGAACUCCUACACGUAUGAACUGAUCCACCGCCCGGGUAAAGCCAUGGGACACGCCGAUGCCCUCAGCCGCCUGCCGCUCCCCAUGACAGAACCGGAUCCCGCCCCUGCACAUGGGGUAAUGCUCAUUGAAUCGCUCCCCGAGCGCCCCCUGCACGCGGCGGAGGUGGCUCGGGCAACAGGGAGGGACCGCAUCCUGGCACGGGUCAGGGACUGGGUGGGGAGGGGGUGGCCAUCAGGCAAAGUCGAAGACGCGUUCAGGCCAUUCGCGUCCAGGAAGGACGAGCUAUCAACCCACAAGGGGUGUGUGCUUUGGGGCAGUCGGGUGGUGGUUCCCCCCCCCUUGCGCAAGCAGGUGCUGGAAGACCUCCACGAGACCCACCCGGGCAUCGUGAGGAUGAAAGCCCUGGCCCGUAGUUAUGUGUGGUGGCCGGGCAUGGAUGAGGAGAUAGAGGGGUGGGUGAGGAGGUGCCAACCCUGCCAAGAAUCCCGGCCCGAUCCCCCAUCAGCCCCGGUCCACAGAUGGGAGUCUAACAGGCGACCAUGGUCCCGCCUCCACUUAGAUUUUGCAGGCCCGUAUCAGGGCCAAAUCUUUUUUAUACUUGUGGAUGCCUACACAAAAUGGCUGGAGGUGAUUCCAGUAGCCUCAACCUCCACAGCAGCAGCCGUCCGGGCACUCAGGAGGGUCCUAUGCACGCACGGGAUCCCAGACACCCUGGUGACGGAUAACGGUACUGCAUUCACCUCCCGGGAAUUCCGGGAGUUCACGGAGAGGUACCUCAUACGACACAUAAGAUCCGCACCCUUCCAUCCGGCCACCAACGGCCAGGCAGAGCGGAUGGUGCGGACCACCAAGGAAGCACUGGGGAGAAUGAGGAAACUGACAACACGCCUAGACAGGCUGCACCCCGACCGGGCCCCCGAGGUCCGCGGGUCCCCAGAGGUCCGGGAGGCGGUGCGGGGGUUCUUUCCGGGUGACCCGGUAUACGCGAAGAACUUCGCAAGCGGUCCC